CAAUCACAUGGAACAGCGCGCGUCAUGGCCUGUGCUCGUCGGCCGCGCUGCAGUCUCAAGCCACCAUGAUCGACCAUCUCGUCGGGCGGCCAAAUCCCUCUUGGAAGCGUGCGCAGGUCUUCCUCGUCAUUUUCUUUUGGAUAUGGCAGGUUAUGCGGGGAAGUAGCAAGGGGCCCCGCAUUCGACUGAUUCGGCGACUCAACGAGCGGCUGGGACGAAGGUUCACUCCAUGGCAACUUGUUGUCAGUGUUCUGACCGGCGUAUACGCCAUCCGCAAUUUCGACAAGAUACUCGGCCUCGGAGCACCCGAGCCACUUGCGCGCCUCUAUUCGCCCUCGUAUUAUCGGGCGACGUGGAUCGCCACAGGACUCGACGCGGGGUUCGCCACUGCCAUGCACAUCAAGCCCCAAUGGCUCCGCCACAUCUGCUCCGUCCUGUUCUCAGGCUACUACAUCAUUUACGCCAACGAAGCCGACGAGAAGCUGCGCAAAUUCCGCGCGGUGCCGACAGUCGAAAUGCUGCGGGCCACUUGGGAGAAGACGUCAAACCCGAUCCUACAAGCUUUCAUGCACUUCCCCCGGGUCUCGCUUUUCCGUAAAGUCCUCAUUCAGCGACCCACGGGCUCACAAUAUACUCGCCCCAUCACCACGUAUUUAUUCUUUGCGCCGCCGUCAACGGAGCUCGCAGAGGCGACCGACCUAGUAUUGGACUUCCCUGGCGGCGGAUUUGUGGCCAUGUCACCGCUACAUCAUCAAGAAAGGUUGCGUCUUUGGGCCAUCUCGACAAAGAGGCCUGUCCUUUCGGUAGAUUAUGGCAAAGCACCCGAAUAUCCGUAUCCUUUCUCUAUAGACGAAGUUUUCGACCUCUACAAGGCCCUGGUAGAGACUAACGGCACCAUUAUCGGAAUGUCGGGCAAGAGACUCAACAUCAUCAUCAGUGGCGACUCUGCGGGUGCUACUCUUGCGGUCGCCACUAUGGUCAAGAUUCUAGAGCACAACGCGAAGACGCCGCAUCAGCCGCUGCCUAUCCCUGUGGCUUUGGUCCUGAACUACGCGGCCCUAGACUUCAACUUCACUUCUUGGAUGUCGGCAGAACACUUGAAGGUUCUUCGUUCGGAGCAGUCUUCCGGCAACCUGCCUGGCCUGCAUGAACUGGUCGCCCAGAAAGACCACCUGAAGCACGUCAGUCCCCUUAGCAUGGUUGGCGACAGUCCCACUUUUCCGAAGCGCAAGAAGCUUCGACGCCGGGCUAGCUGGCGAGACACCCUGCGCGCCAUAGGCGACGACGACGACGGCAACGAGAACCAGACAAAGACCAUCGUUCGCCACAGACGGUCCACAUCAUCCCUCAGAAACCCCGCGCUUCGUAAACACCUUCCCAAACGUACCACAUCCACUAGUGGAGACGAGAACGGCUCCCUGGCGGAUGAGGAGAGCUCGGAGGACGACAGGCAAUGUCCUGAAGAGGAGCGCCCUAUUGAGGACCGAGUCAAGGUUCCGUAUCCUCCAGCGCCGGCGACGCGCCCCGUACCACGGCGGUCGGACUCGGUCAUCGAGAGACAUCAGAAAGAGCUUUCGCAGGCGGUCGAAGCGGCGGACGUUCAGGCCGCCCUUUCUGUCAAGAAGAAGAGCGGCGCUGGCAAGAACUCCGAACCCAUAGGGACUCGCUUGACGAUGACCAGCCGCACGGGCUACUUCCAAGACCGUAUCAUCUCUCCCAGCAUGAUGCGUGCUAUGGCCAUCCUCUACAUCGGCCCUUAUCGCAACCCGGACUUCAAGACGGAUUACUACAUCUCGCCCAUUCUCACGCCGGACCACCUCCUCGCCCAGUUCCCUCCCCUGCUGAUGCAAUGCGGGGAGAAGGACCCGUUCGUGGACGACACGGUCAUCUUCGCCGGCCGUGUGCGCGAGGCGAAACGCGCACGUAAGGUCGAACUCGACCUCGCCCUAUCAGGGAAGAGCGCGCGGUUCGGCGAGAGCCUGCGCAUGAGCGAUGCGGCGUCGGCCAACCGUGACGUGGCAGCAAUGAAGCGCGAGCGGGCGAAGCUGGCGGCGGAGACGGAGGACGACUGGGUGCAGAUGGUGUUGUUCUCGGAUUGGAGCCAUGGCUAUCUGCAGAUGCCGGCGCUGAUGACCGAGGCGGUUGCGGUCAUCGAAGAGCUCGCGGAGUGGAUGGACGAGACGUUCGUGCAUCAUACAAUGCAGAACACAAGCGGGACAACGAUACAUGAUGGCGCUCCAGCUACGAGCGCGUCUGAGACCGAGACGGACACGGAUUCGACCAUCACCUUCGUUCCAAAGAAGUACGCAAACUCCCGAACGUACUCAAUUUCUAGCGACAGCAAGCCGCGCGUAUCGCAGAGCCCCGCGCGCUCGAGUCCACCUCGUCCUGCCAAGGUCGACGAUGAUGGGGAGCGCCCCAGCCCGCCUACACACCCCCACCAGGGUUCGUAUCAUCCUGACCUUCAGAUGGACUUUUAUGGGGUGCUGUCAGAUGAUGGGGACGGAGGAUACGACACUCCAGAAGGCACGAAGACGCGGCCGACGGGUCAGACGAUCACGGAGUCUGAGCUGCUGAGGCGCCGGCGCUUGCUGGACUCGCACAUCUUCAAUGAAUAGUCGGCGAGUUGAUCGGACUGAAUGUAUUGUACUGCUGUAACAUAGAUGCGUUCGUUGCAUAUCUUUUGAGCCCUCAGGAAGUACCCGAAGCCUGUCUUCAC